AUGGCGCGAAAGAAGGAAUAUGGCGGGAUGACCGCUGACUCAAGGAGUACCGCUAGUAGCGGUGGGAAACGUAUUUCGAAAAAUAAUGUAUCGAAUGAUGCACAGUGUAAGAUGGACUUAAAUCGAUUGAAUCCAACUUCGAGACGGAAAGAGGCUGCAUAUCCGGAAACAAGCGUACGAAAUGUAUAUGAUGUUGCUGACUUGCGCGCACAGCUCGGAUCUUUUGGUUUAACUGUUCGAGAUAUUCCAGGAGAUGGAAACUGUCUUUUCAGGGCUUUGGGCGACCAACUGGACGGUCACACAGGAAAUCACCUAAAGCAUCGACUUGACACAGUUCGGUAUAUGAUAAACCAUCGAGGUCAUUUCGAACCGUUCAUCGAUGUCCCUUUCGACCGCUAUAUAAAUGAUUUGAGUCAUCCCGGUACUUACGCCGGCCAGGAUGCACUUGUGGCGUUUGCACGUUUGCACGAAGUAAACAUCAUUAUACACCAACUGAAUAGACCACUAUGGAAGAUUCAGGGCUCUGAAGAUAGCAAUGCUCCUGAACUUCAUCUUUCAUAUCACAAUGGUGAGCAUUAUUCGAGCGUUCGUCGUUUCGGUGAUAUCGCCAAUACUCCUGCUGGAAUACGCAUUAUGGCUCCAACUGCUGUUCCAUGUUGUGCAUCGCACAGUGUCUACACAUCCUCGAAACCCAUCACCUCACAUGCGAAUUCUGGCAAUUUGCAACAGUCUGCAGCAAAUUUGUGUAGACACAGUGUAGAUGCUUCAAAUGAAGGAGCUGUUCAUACGUAUUUAUAUGAAGAAGACGAAUUCACUACUUUGGUUCAUGAAGUGAUGAAUCGUACUGGGUGCCAUGAUGCUAGUUUGGCUACAGAGGCUCUGAUAGAAAAUUCGGGAGAUUUAGAUCAAGCCGUUGAUUACAUACUGUCGGUUGGAUUAUUUGUUGCCUCUGGCAAUGAUGAAAAUCUUUCCAAAGGGAUAAACAAAAAUGAUAUGGAAAUGACAGAACACAGAAUAUUGAAAGGCCGAAAUGCUGAUGAUGUUAGCAGGCAUCAUACUUUACCAGCUUGUCCAAGUCGUAAUGAUAUUGAGCAAGAGGAGAAACGAGAGCGGAAACAAGGUGCUGAUAAUAUAUCGGAGGAGCAUCUAAACAAGCAAGGUGGUCUUCAUUUCUUGACAUUAUAA